GGCAAGGUGGACGGACGCCGAGGCGCUGGAGGUGCUUCCGACUCUCCUUGACGAUGAGUCUGUUCGUUUUUUUCGCUCUAUAAAAGCUGCGAAGAAGAAAACAUUGCGUGGAGUGUUCGACGAAAUGGCGGACGCGUACGAGCCACCGGAUGACGCCCAUCGCCGCUUCGUGCAGCGGCAACGCGCACCGGAGGAGUCGCCUGUAGCGUACAGGGGCGCCGUGCUGGAACUCGCGAUGGCCGCUUACCCGGAGACGGAGCCUGACCUGCUGGAACCUCUCAUCUUGGGGAAGAUGUUGGAGUUAUCCCGGGAUCUGGGCAUUCCUAUGCCGGCGUGCGGUCACGAGAAACUCACGUCCCGGACCGCGGCCAAGUGUUUGGACGCCCAGUUCAAUCUCCGCCGCUGGAAACAAGUCACGGCGUGGACGGGCGGUCCUGUCGUCGAUGGGGGGGCCGUAGGGUGGGACCCUACAAAGGCCGUGUACGUGCCGGAUGCGACCGGCCCAAAGGAGCUGUCGGCCGCCUCCACUCCGUGGCCGGCUCGAAGCGGGCCGGGGCUGCGGGCUCCGCCGCCGGCGCGGCCACGUCGGGACGGGGUGCCUGCUGCGCGCCGACCCGACGUCGACUGUUUCCGCUGCGGCCGUCGGGGCCACUAUGCCAGGGACUGCUGGGCCCGGGUUCCGGGGCCGCCCCAGCAGGAGGCCUCGAUCGCGGACGUCCCAAAGAAAGACCCUCCGGCACAGACAAUCCGGCCGUGACAGCGCAGGGAGGAGGACCUUCCGCUUGUGGGACGCCGACCGGAGCCGCAGAACCCACGGGACCUGCAGCUCUUCCUAUCCCUCCGCGGACGCGAGUACGGGAUGUUUCUGGACGCGAGCGGGACAGUGGCGGGCCUCCAAUGGCGACGGAAGAACUUGCGCCCGUCGCCCCUAAAACCCUUCCACGUUCCCGCUCGGCGGGUGGGCCGCCGACCGUCCGGGACGGCCCGGCUACCCGUACUCGCUCGAAAUCCCUCACGUUUCGUUAGAUUGUGUUGUGUUGUGUUAUUGUUAUAAUGUUCUUCAAUGCUUCGUGUCUUUUUGCGUGUUGGCCCUUUACACCCGCAUUGCUUUUCAGGUUGCAAUUCAGCCGAGGUCGGCUGGAUUUUCUUUAGGGGGGAGGGUGAUGUAAUGCGGUUGUAAACGGCCCUUCUGAGGCGCCGUCAGGGGGGGAGGAGUUAGGUCACGUGGGGGGCAGAGGGGUUGAGUAUAGAAGGAGGGGAACCGGAAGAGCAAGGGGAGUGACGGGGAACCAGGAACAGAGGAAGGCCACGAAGGGCGAAGCGGGGUGUGGCGAGAUCGCCACGAACACGGGGGGAGCGAGGAUCGGCACCGUUGGCCAGCGGUGACCGACCCGAAGCAGCGAGGAGGCUGCAGUCAGCAGCGGGGCUGCACAGAGAGGGUGGGCAGCGGGUCUGCAUACAGUGACAGCCAGAGGGUCUGCACAUAGGGGUAGCAGCGGGAGUCUG